AGUCUUACAAAGCAUAGACAUUAGUGGGCAAAUCAAAAUUCAGGACUUGAAAUUUUAUAGGUAAGAAUCAUAAAUACUUGUAAGCAACAAAUGCCAUGUCGGUUUCGUUUCAUCGAAAGAGAUGAUCAAAAUCCGCAUAUGCCGGCCAAAAACUCCAUAACUUGUGGCCAUGAAGAGAACACCAGGUCCUCACAACCUGCAAACAAAUCAGAGGAAGCAAAUCUCCAGUUUCCAGCAUGAAGAUGCCAACAAGAACAAAACUAAGCAGCAGCAUCGACCAAGUCUUAUCAGGGCAGCGGUGAAGAAGGUUGCUGGGAUUUUCAAAGUUCUUUUCGGGCAGAGAAAGGCUGCUGCUGUGAUUGAAACAAGAAGAAACAGUUCUCGAAUCCAAGGGAUUUCGUCUUCAACUGAUCGUUCGGCAACUGAUCGUUCGGCAGGGAGUGAGACUAGGAGUAGGAGCUCAUCAAAGUUUAAGCUCUCACAGUCCACUAGUUCUGCCAGUGGAUUAAUUGAGAUGACUAAUUUCUCCUUCGAAGAGAUUCUCAAAGCAACCGAAAAUUUCUCUCCCGCGAAUAAGAUUGGCCAGGGUGCAUUUGGAACCGUCUACAAGGGAAGGCUUGGAGAUGGAUCUCUUGUUGCUGUAAAGCGUGCCCGCAAGGCUGUGUCCGACAAGCACUUAGCAAUGGAGUUCAAGAAUGAAAUCCUUACCUUGUCAACGAUCGAGCAUCUGAAUUUGGUAAGGUUAUAUGGAUACCUGGAGCAUGGAGAUGAGCAGAUUAUUGUGGUUGAAUACGUUGCAAAUGGAACGCUUCGCGAACAUUUGGAUGGUAUCAUUGGAAAUGGACUUGAAACCGGGGAACGUUUGGACAUUGCUAUUGAUGUGGCUCAUGCAAUCACCUAUCUUCACAUGUAUACAGAUCCUCCGAUAAUCCACAGAGACAUAAAAUCUUUAAACAUCCUCAUCACUGAGAAAAUUCGGGCUAAAGUAGCGGACUUUGGGUUUGCACGAGCAUCUGCAGACCCAAACGCAACUCAUAUUUCAACUCAAAUAAAAGGAACUGCAGGAUACUUGGACCCCGAGUACCUCAAGACUUAUCAACUCACCGAAAAGAGUGAUGUUUACUCCUUUGGUGUCCUGCUUGUAGAACUUAUGACGGGAAGACGACCCAUCGAACCACAGAAGCCAUCCAAUGAAAGAAUAACAGCAAGAUGGGCAAUCCAAUUGUUGAAACGAGGAGAUGCGAUACUUGUCAUGGAUCCAAGGCUACGGAGAAAUCCGGCGUCAACCAUGGUAUUGGAGAAAAUCCUGUUGCUAGCUCAGCAGUGCCUUGCACCUCUAAGACCGUCAAGACCCUCCAUGAAAGAAUGUGGUGAAGUAUUGUGGGGAAUUCGAAAAGACUUUCGAGAAAAAUCCCUCUCUUCUUCUUCCUCAUCUGCUGUUCAUUAUUCUGCCAAUUAUCCAGUGAGGGAUCCAAAGAUGACUCGGCAGAUAUCGUUUGGGAUUGAAGAUGAUGAUAGGCAUAAAUUUAUCUCUGCCUAGCUUUUAAGAAUUUUGCGUGAAUUAUUUACUUAAAUUUGUUUUCUUCUUUAAUUCAAGUGUUAAUUUGAACAAAAAAAA